GGCGUGAGCCCCGUAGGGCCGGGGAGGCACAAGCUGCCGCAGGGAGGAGGCAGAGGCCACAGCGUGAGGGAGGCCCCGGCCCCUCUGCGCCUGUGUCUGGCAGAGCCGGUAUGAGACGAAGGGACAAUCAUUCCCAGCCGCCGGGAUAAUCAAAGAGUUUUGGCCGGACCUUCGAGCACACACCAAGAUAGUGAGGAGCCAGACGAAAAGCACAGACUAUGGCGCUGAAACGGAUUAAUAAGGAACUUGGUGAUUUGGCCCGUGACCCUCCAGCACAAUGUUCUGCAGGUCCAGUUGGGGAUGAUAUGUUUCAUUGGCAAGCCACAAUUAUGGGACCUAAUGACAGCCCAUAUCAAGGCGGUGUGUUCUUUUUGACAAUUCAUUUUCCUACAGACUACCCCUUCAACCCACCUAAGGUUGCAUUUACAACAAGAAUUUAUCAUCCAAAUAUUAACAGUAAUCGCAGCAUUUGUCUCAAUAUUCUAAGAUCACAGUGGUCUCCUGCUUUAACUAUUUCUAAAGUUAUUUUAUCCAUUUGUUCACUGCUAUGUGAUCCAAACCCAGAUGACCCCCUAGUGCCAGAGAUUGCACGGAUCUAUAAAACAGACAGAGAUAAGUACAACAGAAUAUCUCGGGAAUGGACUCAGAAGUAUGCCAUGUGAUGCUACCUUUAAGUCAGAAUAACCUGCAUUAUAGCUGGAAUAAACUUUAAAUUACUGUUCCUUUUUUUAUUUUCUUAUCCGGCUGCUCCCCUAUCAGACCUCAUCUUUUGUAAUUUUAUUUUUUGUUUACCUCCCUCCAUUCAUUCACAUGCUCAUCUGAGAAGACCUCAGUUCUUCCAGCUUUGGACAAUAACUGCUUUUACAAACUGUAAAGUAGCUACAAGAGAACAGUUGCCCAAGAUUCAGAAUUUUUUUAAAAAAUGGAGCAUGUGUAUUAUGUGGCCAAUGUCUUCACUCUAGCUUGGUUAUGAGACUAAAACCAUUCUUCACUGCUCUAACAUGCUGAAGAAUCAUCUGAGAGGGAGGGAGAUGGAUGCUAAGUUGUCACAUCAAAGGAAGCAGCAUUAUUCUAGCAGCAUCCAUUCUUGUUUAAGCCUUCCACUGUUAGAGAUUUGAGGUUACAUGAUAUACUUUAUGCUCAUAACUGAUGUGGCUGGAGAAUUGGUAUUGAAUUUAUAGCAUCAGCAGAGCAGAAAAUGUGGUGUGUUUUAUGCAUGUCAAUAAAGGAAUGACCUGUUCUUGCUCUACAGAGAAUGGAAAUUGGAAGUCAAACACCCUUUGUAUUCCAAAAUAGGGUCUCAAAACAUUUUGUAAUUUUCAUUUAAAUUGUUAGGAGGCUUGGAGCUAUUAGUUAAUCUAUUUUCCGAUACACUGUUUAAUAUAGCACUGAAUAAAUGAUGCAAGUUGUCAA